AUGCUGAUAUUGCAAAAUAAGAAAUCAUCAUGUGGUCAUCCUACCAGUGCCCCAUCCCCAAGUACAGUCUCCCCAGUUUCUAUUCCAAAUGUAGAAGAUAGAGCUCAUUCAAUUGAUGCUCGCAAGAAAAGAAGGCUUAUAUUAGAGAAUAGAAAGUUUUCUGUCAUACAACCUGAAACACAGUAUUCCCAAGUGCCACUGUCUAACUCCGAGGAUGAAUGCAGCUCAUCCAAUACUUCAGACUCUGAAGAUGAUAUGGAACAAGCACCGUUAGCAGAUUCAAAAUUACAAGAAUAUUCUGAUAUAGGGGAUCAAAUAUGGGAAUGUACAUAUUGUCAUGCACACAUGUGGCUUCAAGAACGUGCCAGUAAAACCAAAAAGGAACAUGUUCCCACAUUCCAUCGCUGUUGUCGCGGUGGUAAAAUUGUUGUACCUUUACUUGAAGAGGCACCCCCACUGUUGAGACAUCUGCUGUUUAACAAAACAUCUACCGAGAGCAAAAAUUAUCGAAAUAAUAUUCGAACAUACAACUCAAUGUUUUCGUUUACUUCUCCUGGAAUGAAAUUUGACACCACAUAUUCAAAGAAAGGAGGACCACCAACUUUGAGACUGCACGGUCAAACCUGUCAUCGAAUAGGUACUCUACUACCAGAAAAUGGAGACCGUCCGCAAUAUGCUCAGCUAUAUAUUUAUGACACAGAUAAUGAAGUUACUAAUAGAAUGAAGUGUUUCAGAGACAAUACUGAAAUUGACGAGAACACUGUUCAUAAUUUGAAGAUCAUGUUAGAUGAGUUCAAUAUUCAUGCAAAAGUCUUUAGAAUGGCGAGGGAUGUCCUGGAAGAUAAUGCAUUCUUAGACUUAAAACUGAGGGUUAUAUGUGAUAGACCUGAGGAUGGACGCGUGUAUAACAGACCAACGGUUUCAGAAGUUGCUGCACUAAUUGUGGGAGACAUUGAUUCUGCUUGUAAUAGGGACAUUAUUAUUCAAGCACGCAACGGUGGUUUGCAACGUAUUGAUGAGUUUCAUCCAGCAUAUUUGGCAUAUCAAUACCCUCUGAUAUUUGCGUAUGGUGAAGAUGGUUAUAGGAAAAAUAUAUUGCAUAGAUAUCGCCAUGAAACUGAGGUGACCCGACAAAAUCGUCAGAGCAUCAAGGACUGGCUUUCAUACAAGUUACAAGACCGUAGCGAGGAGGCAAAAACUUUGCUACACUCACGGCGUCUAUUUCAACAGUUCUUGGUCGAUGGUUAUUGUAUGAUGGAAUCUGAAAGGCUGAACUGGUUGCGAAAUAAUCAAUCAAAAUUAAGAGUGGGAAAAUAUAACAGGUUGACAGAUGAAUGCAAUAACGAUGAUGGCAGACAACAACAAAAGUGGGGAAAGCGAGUUGUCUUGCCUUCAUCUUUUGUUGGGGGGGAAAGAUAUAUGGAUCAACUGUAUUUUGACGAAAUGGCAAUUUCAAGUAGAUUGGGUUUUCCAGACCUAUUCAUUACAUUUACUUGCAAUCCAACAUGGCCAUAA